AUGAUGGAUGUUUUUAAUGAUGACGAGGUAGAAAGUUACGAUUAUGGCAGUCGAAAUGAGGUUUCGUCUGACGAAGAAGCGGUUGAGACUAGUGACGAUGAAGGUGUUGAUUCGGUCGAGCAAGAGUAUCUGAAUAGUAAAAUCAGCUCGGAGAGAGAAAAAUCCGAGUAUAAACUUGGUCAAGCUUGGAUGGCCAUUAUUUCAAAGUACGGAAAUGAAGACAUUGAGAAGGAUGCUGAUGUUAUAGAUCUGUACACUGGGGAAAUCGUGGAGGAUCAUGGUCAUUUGAGGAGUCUGGACGAUAAGACUGGAAGUCUGUGGUUGGAUGUAGAUGAUGAGAACGAUGGUGAGUCUGCAAGAAGGAAACGGAAAUCUGGAUCUCAAACAGGACUGGAUAGCAGCCCAAGCAAAAAGAGCAAAAAUAAUAGCCCCGUCAAGCCUGUAGCUGACCUCACCAACUGGCUGCUAAACAGUGAUGAUGGACAUGACAAAGAAGACACUAUUCUUCCUCAAAACAAUUCAACAUCCGUUAUCUCUCCCAUCAGGCAGAAAAUUGACAUUCCUUCAUCACCCAUCAAACAUAAUAACUCAUCUUCAGCCGUUCUCCAGUACCUAGAUGAGAGCGACUCGGAUUCAGAUACCAGUCCCCUCCCUUCUUCAGAACCCACGACAUCACUAACUCUUAAACCGUCCUGUAAACCGGGUGGCUCUCUAAAAUGCAAUAGACCGUUCUGUUUCAAAUGUUCAUAG